CUUUUUUUUUUUUGGAGGAUAAAACAGGAAGAAACGGAGAGAAAAGGGGAAUUGCAAAUUGCAGAGAAAGAAAAGAUUGCACUGAAAACGGUCAACGAUGCAUACUGUGUUCUCAGUUGAUGAUUUCUCCGACUCCUUCUGGGCGGCUACGCUUUCUGAGGCUGCGGCGGGGAUGAACAGAAGCCAAUCUGAGUGGGCGUUGGAGAGGUUUCUAGAAGAAUUUUCUGGUGCGGGCGGAGCGAUCCCGGGGUCGCGUGCCGGCGAGAAUGUGAUUGGUCCGUCCUUGGCGGCACCUCAGCCGUCUUUUUCCAAAGCUGAAGAAGGUGACGGGGAUGGUGACGUGGUGGAGAUAAAAACGCCUAAUAAUCAGAAUCAUAAUCCUCCGCCGUCCGAUUCGACACCGACGGUCCCGACUGACUUGGAUGAGUUGCGUGCGAUCCUCAUGAACAAGCUUGAACAAGAAUGCGCUGCUUUUGCUCUCUCUCGUGCGUCUGCUGUGAAGGCGAAAGAUUCGUCUGCCCUAACUGAAAAUCAAGCACUUAAAUCGGGACCCCAAGUUAAAGGUUCCUCAAAGGUACAGGGUGAGCCAGAUGCUGCACCUUGUGGAAUUUCAGCUAUGUCAACUACACAAAAAAAAUCAGUGGUACAAGUGAGGCAAACCACAAGUGGGUCAUCAAGAGAAGAUUCAGAUGAUGAUGAACUUGAAGGAGAGACUGAAACCACCGAGAACAUGGAUCCAGCUGAUGCAAAACGUGCAAGGAGAAUGCGGUCAAAUCGAGAAUCAGCCAGACGCUCUAGAAGAAGAAAGCAGGCACAUAUGAAUGAACUUGAAGAGCAGGUUGGUCAACUAAGAGAUGAACAUUCAACAUUACUUAAGCGUCUAACUGACAUGAAUCACAAGCAUGAUGAAGCUGCUGUUGACAAUAGAAUUCUGAAGGCUGAUAUUGAGACAUUAAGAGCAAAGGUGAAAAUGGCAGAAGAAACAGUUAAGCGGGUGACGGGGAUUAACCCUGUUCUUCUAUCUAUGUCCAAUGUACCUAGUGUAGGCAUGUCCUUUGUUAGCAGCCCAUUGGAAGCAUCUACAGCUGCUCCUGUACCAUUGCAGCCAAAUACUAAUCAGUUUUUUCACCAACCAGUUCCUAGCAUUGAUGUUCCCAUUCAUCAUCAGAGAGUGGACAACAGUUUCCCAGGCAACACCCUGGUUCCUCCUAAUGUGAAUCCACAAACUGAAGGAGUGAAACAUGUCAAUGAAACGUCUGCAUUGCAGCAUACACCCAGCUUGGAGCAUGUCCAAGAUCGGGUAGAGCACACUGGCAUGCAAAAGCAGAUUGGCCCUAGUGUCAGUCCAUGCGGACCCAUGCCUGGCUGGGAGCCUCGACUAUCCCAUGCGGCUGUCAAUAACAAGAAGCUAAGUUGAAUUUUAUUGCCCCUCUUGUUUCCGGAGAUGGGUUUUAAGAAGCUUAGCUGUUGGUACUACUAUUGGUUAAAUCUAUUCAUAAGUAUUGAUUCUCACUGCAUUCUUGUAUUCAAGACCUUCAUCUGCAUUGACCAUCAUAUCUGUUACCAUAACAUGGCUAUACUCCUCAGUUCUUUGAGUAUACUUAUUUGGUAAAUAAUGAUGUAUGAAAUUUCUAUAAAAUUCAUGUAAUUUUGCUCAAGGAGCUAAAUCUGCUGUUAUGGUACUCCAUUUCAGCUAUUAAAGAUGGAC